AUGGAGUUUCACCUCCCCAUAGCAGCAGAUCUUUACCCCGUGGACGGUGGUGUUGGCACGGUGGUGCAGGUCUGGGACGCUUUCCUGAAUGUGGGUGUUUCGGUAGCUAACGAGGUAAUCCAUCAGAUGGCGGAAGUCGGUGAGAGUGAUAUCAUCGUAGUCUUCAUGGUGGAUUUCCUAGAGGGCGAUCAUCGGCCCGCGGUAUUCAUGUGCUGGGAUGGAUGUGCUGGAGGCUUGUAUGGAGGCGGAUAUGCUGCGGUUUGUGAGCGAUCCAUCUCUGAGAUAGGCAUCACAGUGAAGAAUGGAGAUGCAGUGGCCUUGCUUAUAUGGAGCCCAGGCUGUGAACCCCGAGCCUAG